AUGGCGAUACAGUUAGGUUGUACUAAAUUCAAAGGGAAGAGAGACAGGAAGAAUUGUCAAGCCGUUACGAUAUCAACACGUUGCGAUGCACAGUACUACAAGCAGGUGGUACCGAGAUGUCUUAACCCACCUUUCAUGCAACACGGAGCGUUAAGUUACCACAUUCGGUUGAACUCAAGUGGAUUGGAUAAAUAUAAAUAUCCGAGUAAAGCGCAAAUUGAGGCAGCAAAUGAUAUGCGAUCAAUUUGUCAACAUUGGACUUACGUCACCGCUUUUUCAUCAAAUGAUUUGCGGAAGCAAAGGAAUUCUAAAGAUUUGAAAAUAAUUUCACUGGCUGAUUUUUAA